CACCACCCGCAGCUAACUUGGUCCUGGGAGAGCCCCCUCCCCCGAUCUAUUCUGCUCCCCCGCCGGACCUAAAUAAAGGCAGCCCGGCCCACCUCCAACCCUGCGCUCCCGGGGUGCGGACACUGCACACCCACUGGCCACCCACUCGGCGGUCGGACACGGAUCCUGACGGUGCCAGCCAGUACUGAGCGGAGCCUCCACCCCCUCGUCCCUGCUGCUGGGCUCCCAGUUGGCCGCUCCAGCUUCGUCCAGCUCCAGGGGCAUCGGCUGCCCGGGGACUGCCCUGCCAGGAUGGGCAUCAAGACCGCCUUGCCCUCGUACGAGCUGGGCUUCUAUGCCCUGGUCCUGAGCUGUGCCCUUGCCUACACGGGCACGGGCCUUUUUGAAGCCUCUCGAGACAGCAUGAACAGAAGAGGCCUCAGGGACUAUGUGAGACCAGGUUGGCACUACUUCGGCCGGAAGAUGGACACCGCAGACUUCGAGUGGGUCAUGUGGUUUACCUCAUUCCGGAACUCCAUCCUGUUCGCCCUGUCGGGACACGUGCUGUUCGCUAAAGUCUGCUCCAUGGUGGCUCCUCAGUUCCGCUCCUGGGUAUACAUGCUGUACGGGGCACUGGCCGUGCUGGGCACCAUGGGUGCCUCCUACCUACUGGUCCUGCUGGCGCACUGCCUGGCGCUCUACGUCGUCUCUCUGCUCAAGCGGAGGUGGCUGUGCUUUGCCGUGGGGCUGGGCAGCCUCGCCUCCUUCAAAGUGGAGCCCAUCAGCGCCUGGCAGAGUGGGUUUGUAACGGGGACUUUUGAUCUUCAAGAUGUCCUGUUCUACGGCGGCGCCGGUUUCACCGUGGUCCGCUGCAUGAGCUUCGCCCUGGAGAACUGCGAGCGGGGGCAGGGCCACUUCUCCCUCAUCGACCUCAUCAAGUAUAACUUCUACCUCCCCUUCUUCUUCUUCGGGCCCGUGCUGACCUUCGACCAGUUCCACGCCCAGGUGGGCAGGAGUGAGCUGGAGCGGAAGGACCGCGAGAUAUGGCAUAUCCGGGCCCAGGCCCUGCUCAGCCUGGUGGGCAUCCUGGCCGUGGAUGUCUUCUUCCAUUUCUUCUACAUCCUCGCCCUCCCGGCAGACCUCAAGCUGGCACACCGCCUCUCCGACUGGUCCCUCGCCGGCCUGGCAUACGCCAACCUAGUGUACGACUGGGUGAAGGCGGCCGUGAUGUUUGGCGUCGUGAACACCAUCAGUCGUCUAGACCACCUGGACCCCCCAAAGGCUCCCAAGUGCAUCACCAUGCUCUACGUCUUCGCAGAAACGCACUUUGACCGAGGCAUCAAUGAUUGGCUCUGCAAAUACGUGUACAACCACCUCGGGGGUGACCACACCCAGGUGGUGGCCGAGCUGGGGGCCACGGUGGCCACGUUCUCCAUCACCACCCUGUGGCUGGGGCCCUGCGACAUCGUCUACAUCUGGUCCUUCCUCAACUGCUUCGGCCUCAACUUUGAACUGUGGGUGCAGAAGCUCUCGGAGAGCGAGCCCUUCGCCAGUCUGGAGGCCGGCCUGUCGGAGCCCAUGGCGCGAAGGGUCCGCGGGUGCUUCGGGGCUGCCAACUUCUGGGCCAUCGUCUUCUACAACGUCCUGGCCCUCAACAGCCUGGACUUCUCAGAGUUGGUCACCCGCAGGCUGCUACUUACAGGUUUCCCGCGAAGCACACUGACCCUGUGGUUCGUCACCUACUGCGGCGUGCAACUGGUAAAGGAACGGGAGCGGCUACAGGCACUGCGCGCUGAGACUGAGGCUGCCAAGGAGAAGUCCGAAUAGGUGGGAGCCGACCCCUUAUGGCCAGCGCCUCAUCUGUCCCUCAGCCCCCAACUACGCACACUGAAAUGGCACGGGGAGACAUAUACACACACAUCCUGAGGCAGAGCCAAGAGACAGGGUUGUGGAACAAUAAAGAAUUUCCUCCCCCAUAUUUGCAGGUGUGCCCACCCCGGGCCUCGGCCCCUCUAACCAGGUGAGAACUCACAGUUCAGUGCCCCCUGCACCCAGCAGAGCUCUAUCCCUGCUGAUCACACCCCAUUUUUGUACCAGGGAGGGUUUAGGUCACCACUUUGUUUUCAACCUCCUCUUCCAACAGUGAGGCAGGGGAUCCUAAUAAACACUGUGGAGGGGGGCCUGGUCCCUGCCCUGACUAGUACACCAGGCCCACCUAGCCCUAUUCAUUCUCCUACUUCCACCCCUUCUGUGCCCCCUUAAUUCCCGUCCUCUGUGCCCAGCAGUGGAGUAAACACUGUUGUACUAAAUACAGCAGUUGGGAUUCCUGCCUUCA